UUGACUUUCAAGUGAAGUCAGUCGUCUUGACACAACUUGUCGGCUUUAUCCUGUUUUCUUCUUUAUUUACAUAACAAAAAUCUCGUAAUUCACGCGGUGAAGAUGGAUUCAGCCCCUCCUGCACCUCAGGAAUACGUCAGAGAUGACCAAUAAGUGAUCACUCGUCCCCAAUGAAUGAUUGUAAUUCACUUUGGAUACCUUGGAGAGCUCUUUGCAAAUAUGGGGUCGAGUGUUGUCGGUUUGUUGACGAGCUCCAUCAGCUUCUUCUUCACGUUUCACGUGCUCUAUAAUUUCAUGUACUUCACGUCUUCCCAGAGUUACGAUAAGAGCAUUAUCGUUAAAAAGUCCGCCGCAGAUGAUGAUGUGUACCUCACAAGCCUCUGGAAACUCACGAUAAACACCUCCCUCCUGAGUGUAUUCAUGCUCCAGCACUCGUUCAUGGCGAGCCAAACUGUCAAACAGUUCUACGAGAAACUGCGUAUAGUAGAACUAGAGAGAAGUGUAUACAACGCAGCGAGUGCUGCUGCCUUGCACUUGAUAAUGACGAAUUGGGAGUUGAUAUCAUCGAUCUCGUUAUGGCACAUCGACACAUCUGCCAGCAACAAAUUGUGGCUCAUAUUCUCCGGAUUUCACCUGCUGGCCUGGUUCGUCAUAUACAGUGGAUGCGUUAUGCUCGAUAUUUCCGAGCUGACGGGGCUCAAGCAAGUCUGGUACAAAAUGUCAAACAGGCCUUGUCCAAUGUCAACAAAGUCCAGGGAAUAUCAACGGUAUCUUCUCCACAUGAGACACCCCAGCUUCACUGCUUUUCUCAUUAUUCUCUGGGUUCAUCCUCUCAUGACAAUUGACAGAUUUCUCAUGGCAUCGAUAAUCACUGUUUACAUGCUGAUAAUGUGGACCAUUGAUGAAACAGAUUAUCACUAUCACGCCAUGAACGUCGACAGAAAACGGCGAGAAUUAUCUUGAUUCGGCGAUUCACGAAGUUACUCGUUACAUCGCGAUUUUUGUAUCAACCAUUUGUUCAUUUUCCAUGCUUUCUCGCAGCACUGACAUCACUAAACACUACGUAGAGGAUUUAUUGAUGGAUUUAAUCCAUGGGCAUUGCAAAAAAUGGGCUUAGUGCUUUUCAGGGACGAAGGAAACGCUGCAGACUGGGUUUCGCUUCUUCAUUAUUUCGUCAUGUGUUCAAAUAUAAUUUUUCUUGUCAUAUUACUUAAGACUUAAGUACCGGUGCCUUUGUAAAUACACAGAAACGUUUAUACAUAGCUAUGUAUGUAUUUAUAAUUUUUGGAGUUCUAUUGGGGUGAGAUGAUUUAUUAUUUCAUUCGAAGACUUUUGUGUUGCAAUAAAUGUUUGAUAACAAUUA